AUGCCGUAUUACACCAAACAGAUGAAGAAUGCAGCAAACUAUGUUCAGCAAUGCUAUUCUCCCGAGGCAUCUGGCAAGCUGGGUUGCAACACGUUUGUCAAGAAGCGCCUACAAAUGGGUACAACAGUCAAUGCCAGCUGCCCUUUCAGCGGAGGCAUCUGCCGUCGCGACAAUCAAACUCUCCUCCUGGAUACUGGAUACCUGGACAGCCAUGAAGACUUUGGCCUCAACGCACCUGCUGAAGAAAGAUCCUAUACAAGGUAUCACUAUGGACAAUUCGACUUUGCCAACUAUACGUACGAGUAUACGAAUGAUGCUGUUUGGGAGGCGAAACAGAUUCGUUUCCGGCCCGACACCAUAGAAUACGACAUUGGAAACGGAUCUCUCGCUUCUCAGUCCGUCUUCAACCCAAUUCCCAAUCUUGUGCGUACGGAUUCCGAUGUCUUGUUGUUCUUCCUGUCAGCCGGCUCCAUCUUCUUCACCAAACCGACAUCCGACGACUGGUACCGAGCGACUCGACUAGUAGACGUGGCGCGCAGAGCCGAGGCCUCGAACGACACGAGCGAAAAUCCAACAAUUGACAUUUUUGCACAAGACGAGGCAGCGUCCCCGAUGGCCUGCGUAAGUCAAGAGCAAUACUGCAAUCCCAACCUGCCGGAGGGAAGCCGAUGCGGACCACUCAGCAGCAGACUGGAUUCGUGGUACAGCAGCUAUCCGGUCCUGUUUCCAGAGCAAGCAAUGCAAGAUCGGGUCAAGUGGUUCUGGGACGCAACUCUCACUGUUGAUAACGCCGUGGCCUACCUGGGGUCUCAGUCCCUGAUGUCCAGGAACAGCCUCAGCGGCGGUGCGCAGGGCCCUCUUCCAGACAAUCAGUGGCAUUUAGACGUACAGCAUUGGUUUGAGACGCGUUUGGCAUAUAUGCAGGCGUAUAUGGUUGAUCUUGCAACCGGACCUUCGGACGUCUCACUUCAGCAAUACGUUGUGAAACCAAACAGCACGGGCGAACAGUCGAUAUGUCAUAAUCAGAAAAUCCUCAGCACUGCACACAUCUCUUUCAGCCUUUUCGGCCUAUACUUCAUCUUCUGUCUUGGAAGCUUCAUCAUCGUCGUAUCGUACAUCAUCGAGCCCGUCCUUGGCUGGCUGCAGAAGCGCCACCACCGCGGCGAGUACCAGCGACUGGAAUGGUGCGCCAACGAGACACUGCAGCUUCAGAGACUCGCACACGAGGGCAUUGGCUUCGGCACAUGGUCUCACGCCAUCGAUGUUGUUCCUGUGACGAAGCGCGGUGAGCUCUUGGCCGUGCUGGACUUGGAAAAUCCGGAACACCCGAGGCUCAAAGCCCCGGUAUUGGGCACGGUGGAAGAUGUGAGCCCGGCGUCUGGAGAUAUCGAGUCUCGUUCGGCAGUGGAAGUGGCGCACAGUGAUAGCAUAGGAAGCGGGACGUUGCAGGAUGAGGGAUCGAACAUGGAGAUUGUAGGAAAGGAAGGAAAGGAUCAUAUCACUGUGAUUUCUGAGAAGCCCACGAGAACACAGACAUUUUAA